GGACAUGCGCGCGUUCAUGAUAAUUAUAAUACGUCAUUGGCAACUAUAGUUAGUUGAUUCAUCGGAUAUUGUACUAGUAUUUGAGUUUUUAAUUCCAAUCAUUAUGGGUGGUAACAGAAGAUACGGACAUUUUCAGUGUUCAUCUUGCAGACAGAAGUGGGAGAGUUCACAUGUUUACGUGAAGAAAGGAACGGAAAAGGUGGAGUAUGGACAAGAGUGUAAAAGGUGUAAAAUCGUUUGUUUUCCAUACCAGGUGGAACCAAUCCGAUGUUCUCUCUGUGGCCAAACUGACUGUGACUGUCAAAAAGACAGACAUAUUGAUCCAACUAAAGCCCACAGAGCUGAUCUGUGUAUGAGAUGUAGAGCAGGGAAACACUGUGAUACACGCAAUUGGUAGACGAAUACAUAAAACAUGACCAAAAGUAUUCAAAAUGUUAUUUACAUCACCAACUAAAUUGUAACUGAAAUCAGUGAUUUAUUUAUAUUUUAAAUAUUCAACUUUACUUUUUGUCUUUAAUUUUGUUAAUGUGAUAUAGAUAUCAAAAUAUGAAUUAUAUACAUUUUUGAUACUCAUUUUGUAAUAUGUGAUAAUCUGAAACAACUGUCAAAAUGUGAAUUAUAAUCUAUAGAUUGAA